GAGUGCAUAGUAGCCGCCAGCAGCACGUCUGUUGAUGCAGUUGUUCAUUCGUAUUGACAGUGUAAAGUGCGGUCUAUGGCAUCGUGGUCACGUAGUGAGAUAGGGGCAGUUUUACGACCAGUGUUUAGAAGAAAUGAGCUUGCAUUAAAGAAUGAUUGUCCUCAUCGUUCGACUAUAUUCAGGUGGUAAAGAGGAUUCCAAAGCGGCAAUUUUAUUCUGGAGGUCGUUGAGAGGGA